GUGAUGCCUCUGCAGCUCACAGACGGAGCGAUACAGGAAGAUACUACAGCGUGUGGGACCUUACCAUCCAAGUGACGUCCUUUAUGAUCAGUCUCGAUUUGUUCUCUCUUCGAGGCAAAGACGAAAUUUCAGAAAUUUCAGAGGAUUUACUCCCGAGGCGACUCCCGGACGGCCAGUCUGCUGUGUUGACAAGGUGGAGAAAUGUGCACACAAGGAGGACGAGGAGCCUGGAAUUAAGCACAGGAGAGAAAAGAUGCCGAAGAUGAGACAAUAAAGAAGAUGUUGCUGAAUGUUGGACCCUGAAACAUGUUGACCACAGCUGGCCGCUCUGAUCUAGUUUUGGGGUCUGUGCAAACUUCCUGUGGCAGCAAUUGGAUGUGCACAACGACCCAGCAACAAUGACAAUGAAAGGCCUGUCCAGCAGCCGUAGUCACCACCACACGGUGACCUGUGACCCCUCAUACGACUCCAUGACCCUGGGGCACUCGGAUCGUCGCUCCUACUUCCUCAGUCCUGGGGAGGCUCAUCCUUCUGACCACCCCUGCUACACACAGCGAAACUCCUUCCAGUCUGAGUGCAGCACCUACCCUGAUCUGGCCAGCUGCACCUUCCCUCGCAGACAUUACAGCUCUCACCAUGAGCUGAAGGAGGAAUGUGGCGCUGUGGUGCCUUAUACAGGGCCAACAGGCAGCAGUAAGACGAGUGGAGGUGGUGGUGGAAACAACAGUCGCAUCGCUUCUAACCUGUUGGAGCAGUUUGAGCACCAAGCACCUGUACGGCGUGAAGGCUACCACACUCUGCAGUACAAGCGCACUGCAGUAGAACACCAACGUAGUGACAGCCCUGGUCGAAUUCGCCACUUAGUUCACUCUGUCCAGAAGCUGUUUACCAAGUCCCACUCCCUGGAGGGGCCCUCAGGGUCUGGCGGAGGAGGGAGUGGGAGGAUGAAUGGCAGUAAAUCCAGUCCUGAUGACCCACCCUCCUCUUCUGGCACCCUGAAGCACAGCAAGCGCAGUAAGAGCAAAGACCGGUCCAAGUCAGAGCCUAAGAUGCGUACUGCAAUCUCUGGCUACUGGAGCUCAGAUGACACGCUCGACCGGGAGGUGUGCCUCUACCACCAUCACCACGGGGGCAGCAGUGGAGGCCUGCCCUCUGGGGUCAUGACCAUGGGGCGCCACCCAGAAAAAUCCCAGUCUCAGUACUUCAUGGAGUCUUACAACACCAUCAGCGCCCACUCUCUCAAGACAUCCCGCAGCAACAAUGAUGUGAAGUGCUCUACAUGCUCCGGGGGCAGCAGUGGAGGUAUGCCUCUAGUGAGCGCCCUGGACAGCCAAGUGCAGCUGAAGAAGAGCUCAUGGUCUUCCACUUUGACGGUGAGCAGAGCAAGAGAGGUCUACCAGAAGGCCUCAGUCAACCUAGAUAAAGCUCUAGUGAAAGCCGAGCAGGGACGCACCUGCCACUUCCUACAGGUGCCUCAGGAUGAUUGGAGCGGUUUUUCUCCACUCGGGAAGGAUGAUGAGAUCCCGUGCCGGCGGAUGCGCAGUGGUAGCUACAUCAAGGCCAUGGCAGAAGAAGACAGCGGAGACUCGGACUGCAGCCCAAAACCCUCGCCCAAAGUUCAGGCACGACGAGCCAGCUACCUGAAGGCCACACAGCCAUCCCUCACAGAAAUGACCACACUCAAGAUUUCCACAGAGCACUCACCCAAGCUACAGAUCCGGAGUCACAGCUAUCUGCGGGCGGUGAGUGAGGUUUCCAUCAAUAGGAGUCUGGACAGCUUGGACCCGGCAGGGCUGCUGGCCUCACCUAAAUUCCGCUCACGAAACGAGAGCUACAUGAGAGCCAUGAGCACCAUCAGCCAGGUGAGCGAGGUGGAGGUGAACGGGCAGAUCGAGGCGGUGUGUGAGUCAGUGUUCAGCGAGAUGGAGUCGCAGGCGGUGGAUGCCCUGGACCUACCCAUGCCCGGCUGCUUCCGCAUGCGGAGCCACAGCUACGUGCGUGCCAUAGAGAAAGGCUGCUCGCAGGAAGAGGACGAGGGAGGUGUCACAGUGGGCAACAGGAGGACCAACUCACCCCCGCGCACCACCACUACUGUCAGAACCAUCCAGAGUAGCACAGUGUCAUCAUGCAUCACUACCUACAAGAAGACACCUCCCCCAGUCCCACCACGGACCACCCCGUCCAAACCAUUCAUAUCCAUCACGGCCCAGAGCAGCACCGAGUCCGCCCAAGAUGCCUACAUGGAUGGUGGCUCCGGCCCGCGGACAGGUAUCAGCUCCCAGCCGGGCCUGUCCAACUCCACGGAGAGCAUCGACAGCAUGAAGGCCUUGACAGCAGCCAUCGAGGCAGCUAACGCUCAAGUGCACGGCCCUGCCAGCCAGCACGUCACCAACAGCACCAUCACCAUCACUACCACCGCCACCACCUCUGCCGUCGCACAUGUCUCCGCGGACAGCAAGGCGCAGAGAGAAGCUCUCCGCAAGUGCCUCUCCAUAGGGAUCCAGGUGGACCCGGAGGAAGGGGGGCCGACAGAGGAGCAGUCCAAAUUCCAGUCAAUAGGAAUUCAGGUGGAGGAUGAGCGAUGUUACCGCAGGAUGACCCGCUCCAACAGCGUAACCACGGCCGUGCAGGCUGACCUCGAUGGCCCCGCAGAUGUCCCAGAGGUGCAGCCGCGUCACUCUGCCACCAUGCCACGCCAGCACUCCCGCGACGCUGCCACUUCUACUGUCAGCAUCCAGGGCUCGGGGAAUCACUAUCACGCUUGUGCCGGUGACGACUACGGGGAGGUGGGGUUCGACCCUUCCAUCCUGCCCCCUCCAGACCCGUGGAUGGACAGCGUGGCUGAGCCCGAAGUGGAGGCUCAGGAGGCUGUCGGGCGGUCAGUGUGCCCCCGUGAUGGCCGCUGGUUCCUCAAGUUGCUGCAGGCUGAGAUGGAGCGUAUGGAGGGCUGGUGUAGACAGAUGGAGCAGGAUGAGGUUGAAAAUGAGCUUCCUGACGAGAUCCUGGGGAAGAUCCGCAGUGCAGUGGGGAGUGCCCAGCUGCUGAUGUCCCAGAAGUUCCAGCAGUUCCGGGAGCUGUGUGAGGAGAAUCUGAACCCAAAUGCACACCCACGGCCCAUCUCGCAGGACCUGGCAGGUUUCUGGGACAUGCUCCAGCUCUCUAUCGAGAACAUUAGCCUGAAAUUUGAUGAACUCCACCAACUCAAAGCCAACAACUGGAAACCUCUGACCCCACCAGAAAUUCAGGACAGAAGGAUGCCCCCUCCGGUGCCAAAGAAACCCCUGAAGGGCCACCCUCCCUUGGCCAGGGACCGCUCGCUGGAGAGCUCUGAGCGCCAGCGUCUGGAGGCUCGCAAACGCCUGCUAGCUGCCAAACGUGCCGCGUCAGUUCGGCAGAGCUCUGCUACGGAAAGCGCAGACAGUAUCGAGAUCUAUAUCCCAGAGGCUCAGACCAGACUAUGAGACAAACACAUGCACCUACACAUGUCCAAAACAUGUCCCAUCCACACAAUAGCACUGAAUGGUAAGGCUUAGGUGCUAACAUAACAUAAUCACAUUUUUUUUUGCAGACUUCUCAGAUCACUGUGGAGUCAGUCACGAUGGAGGUUGUCUGAACAAGAAAUGUACAUUUACAGUAAUUAUUUAUUUAAUUAUUUAUCCCCCCCCCCCCCCCCCCCCAACCUUCACCACCAUUUUCCUUCUCCCAGCUUUGAUGUAGCAGUCACUCCCCCCGUACCUCCACCCGCCCCUCACAAGACCUGUCUUACAAAUCCCUUUUUUUAAAGUGGCCUAUUAUUACAAAGUAAGCCAGGUGUAGCACAGCAGUGAUGCUUCAUGUUAAUGUCAAAGGAAAACAGGGAGGGGGCGUGCGUGUCCACGUGGCAUGUGUAUACGUAUAUACAUCCAAACACACACAGUGAGCGGUGUGUUUGUACUGAUCUGCUCAGAUCAAGUGGAAAGACCAGACCUAUUGACUCACAUUCAGUUUUAUAUUUAGCUUUCUAUAAAAUCCCAUGUUUUUGCGUAAUGAGGCUAAACAUUAGAAAACGGAAAGACCAGACAAGGAAACCAUAGCGUCAAAUCGGUGACACAAUUGGCUCUCUGUCUGAAAAUGGGUCUUUCCACGAGGCCGACCCUGUAGGAAAGGUCAAGAGGUCCGAUUCUGUUCCUCCAGGUGAGGCAAAGUAGCUUUUGAGCCCGGGAGCCGCUUUUGAGGUUCUGCAGAAUGAGUGCAACUCACUAAAAAGAAUCACUGUUAGAAAAAUGCCACAAACCUGAUCUGUGUGUGUGAGAAAGGGAGCGUGUGUGGAUGAUUCAGAUGUUCAUUUCAAAAAGUGCUUCCUAUUUUUCUAGGUCUAAAAGGUCCUAGGUCUAACUGAAGCUGAACGUAGCAGUAUCAACAAACUGUAAACAAACCGCCCGUCUCGUCUCGUUUCAAGCCGAGUAGAUCAUGUUUGUAUAAAGAACAUACAGUGUAACGACAUGACAUGCAUGCUGACACAAGUUAACUGAUAUUUUUGUCUUUUCUAAACAGGUUCAAUCCUUUCUCAUAUCGCGUUCAAACUCUUCAGUGUUACAAAUAAUGCUAAAAUACUGAUAUUUGGUACAAAACUGGUAGUUGUACUAUAUUUUAUUAUGUCCUUUUUAAGAUGAGAAGUUUAUUGACAGUAUUAAGAAAAAGGACUGAAAAGGGACUAUUUUCUCUUCACUGUGUGUGUACUAUCUCUGCCUCCAAAUGAAGCAAUUAUUUGAAGGUCAUACAGAAAAAUAAUCCAAUUUGUAAUAUUUUGUAUUCAUGUUUAAUUUAUUGAUCAGGACAUUGUUUCCUGACAUUGUGAUUAUUAUUAUUAUUAUUAUUAUUAUUAUUAUUAUGCACUGACAGCAAGGCCCUUAUACUGUGUUUAUGUUGUAUUUCUGUUGGCUCUUUUGCAUGACAGGCACUUUUGUUUUUUUCUUUCUGUUUCAGUGAUCAGCCUUAAUUUCUAAUAUGAUAGUCGAGCACAACAGCAGUCUCAGGGGAAGAAGUGUGUGUUUGUUUGUUUGUUUAUGUGUGCAUGUGUGUGAGUGAGAGAGUGUGACUGUAUGUGUGACCCAUGGCUUUGUCUCUUACUGUACAUAACCCCAGCCACAAGGAUAGGCCAUGAUGUUAAAUAAGGGAAUAGUGUCCAUGCCAUCUUUUGAACGACGCUCCUGUUGAACGUCUCAGCCCUAAUUACUUCACGAUAACAAGGUAUUUCUGUCAGCUGCUCGAAUGUGGGGACAAUCCUGAGCUGGUUUAGCCAUCACAUAAUAGUUUUGAUAAUUAAAUAACAGGUCUUUGAUGUGCAGUUCUCUGUAUUGAUCUGAAAACGUUUUGUGCCAUUGAAUAACAAUAGUUAAGGAUAUGUUUCUGCUUUUUGUCCCGUCGAAGGCCUACUGGAAGUUUUUUAAGGAGAGAUGUUUGUGAAGGAACUCAAGUGAUGAGGUUACCAGUAACACAGUAUGAUUUGUAUGUCCUUUAGCUGGUCAAUAUGAAGUUUAGGAAGGAUGCGUAAAAGUAACUGUAGUUCAAACUUAAUGCCAUUUUAUGUAGAUGAAGCUCAUUUUAGUAUUUUUUACUUUGGAAGCUUGUAUUUGAAUUGAAUUGUCUGUCAAAUGAUUGACUUUUUAUUUAGGUUUAUUAUAUUAACAUAUCAAAUAUAAUACUCCUGAUAUAGCAGGGAGUUAGAAACCAGAAUGUUGGACUGUGGUUAACUGCUAAACUCAAAAGACACUCCAGCACUCCUGGCAAUUCUGACGUUGUGAUGUAGUUAUAUUAAGAGAAAAACAUUUGUACAUAAAUGAAUGUUUCCCUAUGUAAAUGUAAACUAAAAAAAAAAAACAAUCAAAUAACAUAUUAAGCAGAUAUACAUUUUGUAAUUAAUGUUAUUACACUGUUGAUGUUAUGGCACGUGUAUGAGCUCUUAUCAGCAUUAAAAAAAAAAUAUAUCAUUGC